AUUCAGGAAGUUACAUUGUGAAGACGGAUUUAGAAAUCAUCAUGACGCUCUGCCCGGAAUUCGCAAAUGCCGUCUUCGAAGCAUGCAAUGACGUCGAAAUCCAGGGCGGUCUGAUAUACCAGUUCUACCCCGACGUUCAAAGCCUGAUGGACUAUGUGGCUCUCUACGCCUCGAAUUUCGCCUAUUUGAUGACUCUUGAAUAUCAGACCUUCAAUAUCACCAUCGCUCCU